GGUGCGCAUGCGCAGAAAGGGGGGAGGAGUCGCUGAAAUAAGGUGAAUGGCUCUUAUGGCUGGCUAGCUAAUCAUAUGGGGGAAAAAACAUAUUAAAACGUUCAUGAUUGUGAAUUUUACUACAGUACAUGUGCUGUAAACCCAUCAUAAGGAUUUUAUGAUUGAAACAUCUCUCUUUCUGUAUGCAUUGCUCUUGAAGCUGAGAGUGAUAAGAGUCGUUUCCUCUGAUCUCAUGAGGCUUUAGCAUGCUAGCAUGCCCUCUGAUUUUAUAUCUCUUCUGAGCGCCGAUAUCGACCCCAGUUCUCCCAAAUCGCUCUAUUCCAAAGAGUCAGUGUAUGACCUGCUCCCUAAAGAGCUGCAGUUGCCCUCGAUCGUACAGCAGGACAAGCCCAGCAUGAGCCAGAAGAGCGGCGGAGAGGCCGGACCUCCUCCUCCGGCUGCCCUGGCCUCAGAUGCUGCUGCCACUUGCGCCGCUGCCUCCUCCCCUGGAGGACUCAGCAGUACACUUCCUUCCUGUCCCAGCAUGCUCUCUGCUACCUCAGCCCCAGAGCAGGCUUCCAGGCUCCACAGCGGUCCCGCCGCGGAGGGGAUGCAGGAGAGGAUGGGUGUGGAGCCUGGAUCAGUGGUGUCUAUCAGUGCGGUAGAUGCUGUCGGAGCCACACAGAGCCAGGCGACUCCCUCGAAGCGGCGGACCGUCCUGAGCAUCUCGCCCCCUCCGGAGGACCUGCUGGAUGACAGUCGCAUGUCCUGCCAGGAUGAUGUGCUUCCCAACCCGGACUCGGAGCAGAGCAGCAGCAUGUGGAUGGAUGACUCUGUGUCCAACUUUAGCAUGGGCAGCAGCAAUUCGUACAACGACAAUACUGAAGUGCCCAGAAAGUCUCGCAAGAGAACUCCUCGUCAGCGGCCGGGGCCAAAGCCUGCGGCCCGGGAUGAAGCCGGCAUGGAUGUGUUUGAUGCAGACAGCGCUAAAGCGCCGCACUUUGUUCUUUCACAACUGGGUUCAGACGCCAAAGUCACACCCAAAGUGAGCUCCCUGGAAGUGUCAAACAAUCAGAAGGGGGGCAUUCUUUCCAUUCAAUACCCUCAGAAGAGUGAAGGGAAGGAGCUGAAGAUUUUGAUGCAGCCUGAGACACAGCACAGAGCACGAUACCUGACGGAGGGAAGUAGGGGAUCCGUCAAAGACCGUACCCAGCAAGGAUUUCCUACAAUCAAAUUAGAGGGAGUCACUGAACCAGUGGUGCUCCAAGUGUUUGUGGCUAAUGACGCUGGACGUGUGAAGCCCCAUGGAUUUUAUCAAGCCUGCAGAGUGACGGGGCGCAACACAACAGCCUGUAAGGAAGUGGAUAUCGAAGGGACCACAGUUAUUGAAGUAAACCUUGAGCUGACCAACUCUAUGACCCUAGCCGUGGACUGUGUUGGAAUCUUGAAGCUGAGGAAUGCCGAUGUUGAAGCUCGUAUAGGGGUUGCUGGCUCCAAAAAGAAGAGCACUCGAGCUCGUUUGGCCUUCAGAGUCAACAUCCCAAGAGCCGAUGGAUCUGUCCUUACCCUCCAGGCCCUCUCCUCUCCUAUUUUAUGUACUCAACCAGCUGGAGUGCCUGAAAUCCUUAAGAAGAGUCUUCACAGUGGCUCUGUCGCAGGUGGAGAUGAAGUCUUUAUCAUCGGCAAGAACUUUCUCAAAGGAACAAAAGUUAUUUUUCAGGAAAAUUCUACAGAUGAAAGUGGCUGGCAGUCAGAAGCAGAAAUUGACAUGGAACUUUUUCAUCAGAAUCAUCUAGUGGUGAAGGUUCCCCCAUAUCAUGACCAGACAGUGACAUCCCCGGUGUCCGUCGGGAUUGCUGUAGUGACAAACGCAGGGAAAACACAUGAUCUACAGCCUUUUACCUACACUCCUCUAACAGAUAAGGUUGAAAUACCAGUGAAAUCAGAACUGCCAGUCACAGUCAAGGCUUGUACCUUUGAAGAGCAGAUAAAAGCAAUGCAAACUGAGACCAGUUGUCUAAACAAUGUCUUAAUGUUACCUAUGGUCAAACGAGAAGAACCUAUGGAAGUUUCCUGUAAUGCAGCACCUUCAGACAUUUUUAAGCCUGUAGAGGCCCUUAGUUCAACCCAACAAAUCUUGGAGAUAAGUACUGUCCUUCCCUCUGCCACCAAGUCUUUUCCAAGUCCUGUUGCUCUACAAUCUGUUGACUCACAACAGCCAUCAGCUCAAAUAUUUACAACUCAAGAAACCUUAUCCACCAUACAGAAGCAGGACAUACCUUCACCUGCAUCGUUCCAAGUGUCUUUGUCGGAAGACACAACAGUUCUCCAGCCUGUUCCCCCUCAGGUCCCUCAGCAAUUCUUGCGGGAAACCCCAGAAACUUUGUCUCCAGAGGAUAACGGUGCAGAUGGAAGUGGAAUGGUAUUGUUGGGCAUAGACUCUCGGAAUCCUCCAUCCCAGCGGCCACAAGUUCAGGCUCUUUUGCCCCAGGAUGGUGUUACACAGCUAGAGAGGGCAGUAAGAGAGCUGCAAGCACAACAACAGCUAAAUUCUGUACUUUAUAGCCCGACACCAUCUGCAGAAAGCCUUCAGCAACAUGUCCAGGAAAACAUGAACAGUUUAAGGUUGGGUGGAAAUGAGACCACUCUAACAAACCAGCUACAGCAGAAGCAAGAGCAGAAUAUAUUGGAGAAUCUGCAGCAUCAGCAACAGAAGGCACUUGUGGAUCUACAACAUCAACAGACAGUUCUUGAAAAUUUGCAGCAACAUCAGAAGGUCUUGGAAAAUCUCCAGCAACAGGCUCUUGGCAACAUUCAGCAGCAACAAACACACAAAGUUUUGGAGAAUCUACAGCAUCAACAGCAGCACCAUCAGAAUGUCCUGGAAAACAUUCAGCAACAAAGUUCUAUAGUGACUCUGCAGCAUCAAAAGGUUCUCGAUAAUCUUCAACAGCAGCAACAGCAUCAGAAAAAUUUAGAAACUCUUCAGCAUCAGGAAGUAAUAGAGAACCUAAAGCAACAAUUGCAGUCAGAGCUCUUGCAGACACAGAUUCCAAUGCAGUGCACACCUAGCUUCUCUAGCGAACAGCAAGGCUCCACACAGACUAAUACUCUAUCGCAGCCCUCUGAAGGCUUCCUCCAGAACCCACCCCAGCAGCAGUUGCAGCAGCAAACUACUCUUUUCCAACAGACCGGGGGUCUUAUGACCAUUCAGUCAUCAAGCUUUCUGCAGCAGCCAUCCUCUCAACCCUCACCUCCACAGCCUCUUUUUCAGAGUCAUAACCCCUUGACUGAAACGCAAGACUCACAGACAGUACUCUUUGGAACCACAAAGUCACAAGUCCAAGCAACCUUAUUUCCUGGUACCAUGACAAUGCUAACAAGCACCAAUCUGCCCACAGAUCAACAGGCUCCUUCAGCUAGCUUGUUUAUUGCACAGAAUGUGUUGCCUAGCCAGCUAUCAUCGGACAAUAACCUGAACCAGCAACAGCAACAGAUAGCUUUCCUCACGCCCAUGCAGACAACUGGAACAGAAGCUCAGUCUGUCUCACUUUUUCAGGGACAAGCACAGUUGUCCACCCUAAUGGAACAACAACAGUCUCCCCAACAACAACAGAUGGCAACACCCCAACAGGCCACUCUUUUUCCAAAUAUUGCCACAAUAUCCCCAAAUCAGGCACAGCCACCAACACAGACAGGCAUAUUGUUCUGUACCACAACCAUUAAUCCCCAUGAUCUGCCCCAGGCUCUGCUAUUCAGUGGCCAGAACCAAGCUUCACUAGCAAGUGACCGUCUCCCAGAGAAUAUCUUUCAGGAGCAGCAACCCAUGCAAGUUGUUCCCAGCUCUGAAAACGUUACUGUGAACAACCCUUCAAACCAAUCCACCGCCUCAGCAGCCCAGCCAACUCCGAAUACACCAAUUAUUUUUCCACAAGCCAGUGUUGUGAGUGUUGCCCAACAAGACUCAGCAGAGCCCAUGUCUUUUCAAGACCAGAGCACCGUUGUGAGUGGUUCCUCUGCCAGUAUGCCUUCAACACGGACAGAACUUUUUCAGGACCAGCAACCUAUGCAGGUUGUCCCCAGUGCCACCAGCGUAACCCCUGUCUCUCCUACGGACCAACCUUCUGUCAACAUUUUUUUGCCUCAGUCAGCAAUUUCAGCCCUGCAAGGUGGUAUAAGUGCUCAGGAGUUACCUACAACUGCCACAGCAGCCACCGUCUUUAGUGGACAGAGUGGUGUGGCUGGUGGCGGUCUCCAGAACACCACAUCUUCCGCCCCUCAGCAACCUCCCAGUCAACUCUUUCAGACAGCUAUUGGGGGAACUCUCAGCCAACCUGGACAGUCAGGACAAGCAGGACUUUUUCUUUUUGAGAUUCCCAGUGAAUGUGGACCGCUUAUGAAUUCUCCUGGUCCGUCGUUGUCAGAUCAGCUUGUCACCAUGGGCCAUCCUGGUUCGGAUCAGACCCAGCUUCAAACUAGCGCACAGAUUCACCCCUUACUGGACCAGUCCAACAACCUUGAUGAUAAGAUAGACGAACUUCUGGAACGUUUUCAGGAGCAGGAAAAGACGCUUCCUAGGGAUUUCUUGGACCAUUAAAGAUAAGUAGUCCGACACCUCAAUCCAGUAGACCACCGUCCACACUGCUUGUUGAUGUUUCUUUAUAUCUUGUGUCAUGUGUAGGUAUUAACUAACCUUGGGGGUUGUCUCAGUUGGGGGGGGUCUUCACUUGUAUCUAUGUUUCUGAAAGCUUGUAAUGUGUUGUUUUGGUGGGACCUGUUACGUAUGGAUCUCGUCACAGCUCCUUUUUCUUGAUGGACGUAAAAAGGGUCCACUUCAUUGAGGCCACUGCUUGGCAUGUCAACAUAUCAUGCGACCCAUUAAGCCAUUAAGUAUAUUGGCACUUUGCUACUUUGUAUUGUGUUCUUGACUUCCACUUGAAUCUUGUCCAUUUAUUGCCAUCAUUAAUCUGUUUUCCAGUAGAAACCAACCUAGUACAACAUAAAUUCAAAAACUCUCUGUUGCCGUUGAGAUACUAAUACAUUGUGAAUGAAUUUGAAAUAUUUAGCACUUUAGGGAGUUCCUACCGGAAAUUCUCCCUUUUAGCUUUGUAACCCAUGUGUGUCUACGUGGCUGUCAAAGCGUUUCAUGUUUUGAUAGUCAUAAUGCUUUUCUAAAAAUGUGUUUGUGUUUCAUCACUCUUUAGUGUCUCUUUUCAGAAUAUAGCCUAUUUCAUGAGCCAUGUUUAAUGUUUUUUAAGUGUUUGAAUGUUUGACAUGUCCAUCUAAUCUCUCCAUUUUCACAUAACAUUUAAAGUCAAGAUGCUCUAUGUAAAUCACUCCUCCCCUUCUCCUCUGUUUAAGGUUUGUUAUAUUUAAUUUUAUUUAAAUGAUCAAGAGGUCCAACUUGUAGACAUGAAUUCCUAUCAGGGAUGUGAAAAUGUGCAACAUUGCCGUUGAGAUAUGUGAUAUGUGAACAGAUUGUAUUAUCAUCCACCAGAGCGUCUACACUGUGUUUGUUUAAGUGCUCAGCAGAAAGUCAUGGAGCACAUUUGUACUAUAUAAGAUGCAGCUAUGUUCUUGAUUUUGAAUUGCAUGUGGUUAAUGGUGAUUAUUCAAAUAAGCACAAGCCUGGGAAGAGGAAUAGUUCACCCAAAUAUGAAAAUCAAUAUUUAUUCAUCUCUGUGCCGUUCCAAACUGGUAUGACCUUCUUUCAUCCGUGGUGCUUCAAAAACAUAAAUUGAGGGUAUUUUGCUUCGAGGAAUGCGAUUUGAGAGCUAUCAUGGAAAUUUUUGGUCUGUUCCUCUCACACGGCAUCUGAAAACUUGGAAUAUUGUGUACUUGCUUUUUUUUAUGAGUUUGACAGGUUUAGGUCAUUGAAUGCUUGUGUUGUACAGGAAAGAGCAGUGAAAACAUUCUUCAGAAUUGUGCCUGUUGUGUUUCACAGAAGAGAAGCGGUCAUACAAAUUCUGAAUGGAAUGACAGGAGUGUUAGAAAAAUAAUGAUAGGAUAUUUAUUGCUUAUUUGAACUAUCACAACUAUGAGGGUGUUUUUUGGGCAGCUUAAAAUGUAAGUUAGGUCCAUAUUUCCUUGAGGGUUUGAGAAGGGAUUGGUUUGUACCCCCAGCCCCAAGUUACAAUAAAUCUCAUCUACGAUCAGAUAGACUCGAGGCUCAGUUAUUAGAGGAGAAAAUCAGAUAAAAUCCCAAGUUUAAAACAAGCUAUGAUGACGAGAUGGCUUCAUAACAUCACUGCACGACAAUCUCAUCAUACAAGUUUUACAAUUGAUCUUUUGGAAAAUAUGAAAGCUCUUACCAGUCAGAAAUCAUUAGUCAUGUGUCCUAACUGGAAGAUUUCUCUACAAGUAGGCUAAUCAUCCGAGUGUAGAAGGGGUAGUGUACGCUGGUAAAGUAACUCGUACAGGGUUUGAUAUUGACAGAAUGCUGCUACAUUUUGUCAUAACUGAUACUAAUUAGUUGUUUACAUCAGUCUUGAUUGUUUUGUUUUUUUAAAUGGUUAGAGCUGUUAAUUAUUUCUUAUAAUGACAUUUCAAAGCAUUUUUUUUCCUCAUUUCUUUUGAAAGUCAUUGUCACACCCUCACUGAGGAGGUCUUUGUGUUUUAGGACAUUGCGCUGAUAUUUUAUUAAAUCACAUUUAUUUGACAUCUUACUUCAUAGACACAUGCAGUCUUUCAUUGACAAUAUUCUCAUGCAAACAUAAUGUGAGGUAGUUAUAUUUAAAAUCUUCAUAAACAUCUUUGCUUUGAUAAGUCAGUUAUUUUUACAUCAUUCUUAUCUUUUCUUGACUUUAUAUUCUUUUUUUAACGCUUUAUGUAAAAUGUGCAUAAUUACUAUUGUAAAUAGUAGAUCGGCUGUUUUAAGUGUGCUGUUCCUUUGUGAGGUAGCAGUUUGUUAAAAGCUUGCUCUCUUUGUAGUAAAACAUAAUAUCUCACCUGCAAGUGAGGCAUACAUACAGUAUUUUUGUAAGACUGAAUUUUGAAAUGUACUAUGUACAUUUGAAACAUUUAAAAGUGAAUUGUCCCAUCUGCAGUACUGUACUUCAUAUGUUGAUAUUCAGAGCGGUGGAAUGAUGGUUUUUGUCCCCAUCACUGUGUUACAAAAUGGAGAUUGUUAUUUGUUUGGUAUAAGUGAAAUUGAAAUAUUGUUGAUUUCUAAACAAUUAAAAAAAAGACCGGUUUUGGGUGUGGGUGAAUCUCACACAGACUAAUUUUUUGCCAUAUUUCACCCCAAAAUACAUGCAUUUAAUAAAAGUUAUAGAUCUCUGUAGCCUGUUAAAUCUAACAAUAAAUAUUGUUCUUGUUAUUGAAAGAUGAAAAAAAAAGAAGAUUAAUUUAAAUAAAGUACAAUUUUACGCAUAUUGGUACUAUUUGUUUUACUGAAUUGAAUCGAUGCUUGCUAAAAAAUAAUGGUUUUCAUGGCUGUUACAGUUUUUUUUUUUUUAUUAUAGAUAUGAAAAAUUUAUUUAUUUUUUAUUUUGGGGUGAAAUAUGACCUGGAUAUUUCUUUGUGAGAUAUAUAGGCUAAUGUUCUGGAACCUGGGUUCCAUGCAAAGCCAUAAAAAAAAAAAAAAAAAAUUCAAACUCUGGAAUCAGAGUGGAAGAAUGUGUGUGUUUUACCUCAUGGUGUAGGACAUAUAGAUUCACACUACAUCUAACCUAAGGACCAAUUAAGAAGAAACAAUAUUUUCUCAAAUCGAGGCAGCAGAAUCAAUGUCUUUUGAUUAAAUAAUCAUCUGUCCAUUCUUGUGUUUUUUGGUACUGAUGCUCCAGCUUACGUCAAAAUCAUACUGUAUGUAUUAUGAACAAAAAUACAUUUCUGCACAAAUCCAUCAUUUACAUUUUUUUUAAUCAUAUUGUGCUUUUCGAUUGAAAGUACUUUGUGCCUUUGCAAGCCUUUCCUCUUAUUUCUAAAGGACCUUUGUAUAUAAUAUUUAGAUGUUGGGAUUACUAGUACUUAAUCCAGAAGUAAAAGACUAGGGUUUUUUUUUUUUUUUUUGGUCUGGUCAAAUUGUCAUUAACCAGUCUGUCGAUGUAGUCUCAAAUACAUCUGAACAUUUAUAUCAUGACACUGUUAUGCAGCCUCAACUCACUUUUUUUUUGCUUUAUUUCAAAUGUCCUCAUUCUCAUCCACUGGUGGUUAUUGCCUCUUGAAAUGUGUAAGAUCAAGGUGCAAGGUUAAAGAAGGUUAUUGAUCUCGGUGAUAACUGAUUUUUCUCUGUUUGUUUGGCCAGCAGGUGUUGGAUUUUUGUUAGUAAAUGUUCAAUUUAAAAAAGGUUUGAAGAGCGCUUAACCCAAUCACCAGCAGUUAUUUGUGCUUUUAUUUUAUGUGAAAGGUGUGUUUUGAAUGCACUCUUUUUACACAUUUUUGAAUUUUGUUUGCUUUUGUUUGAUGUGAUUAACGUCAAAUGCUUUUGAAGUUGUCACAAGACAGUGGUUCUCAACCCCCCUACAAACUAGCGUCAGUAGAUUGAAGCAACCAAUUGUGUUUAAAUUAUUUCACAUUUUUCAAAAACUGUAUGUACCAACAAGUUAUAAAUGGUAUAGAUUUAUAAUUGGUCUUGGCUCGGGACACACAGGACCACAUUUCUACAUUGCAAUUGGGAGUUUAAGUGCUGCAUUUUCACCAGAGUGAAAAAUAGGCAUGUGAAUUGGCACUUUGCAUGUAUCUUUUAAUUAUUUACAUUUAUUAAAACUUGUUUUAAAUAAAUGGUCAACGAGCCCAUUUGGAAGUUUGCUGUCGCCCCCUAGUGGCCCCUGGUUGAGAACCACUGUUACAGGGAUAAUCGUUCACUCAUGAGUGUGUAAGAAGUACAUUCAGUAUCGUGAAGAAACGUGAACUAAUGACAUUUGACGUAAAUAAACGUAUUUUGCUUUAAUCAGUACAUUUGUAUACUCCUGCAGUUAUAUUUCUGUAAGAUGUGCUGCUAUAUGAAUAAAGAUAGAUAUGAAGUUCUG